AUGAAGAAACAAGAAACCCCUGACCUUGAUCGGGACAGCAUUGCCCCUGUGCAAUCUCAGAUCGAUGAGGCAUCCAGCGAGCCGAUUCAAGAGGAUGCUGUAUUCGGUGAGAUUCGUGAAGGGGAUACCAACUAUCGUAAUGUGAGCUGGUUGGGAACCACAGCUCUUAUGAUCAAAACUCAAAUCGGCCUGGGCGUUCUCUCGAUGCCAAAAGUCUUCGACAUUCUUGGAAUCGUGCCUGGAAUAAUCCUUCUUCUCACAAUUGCCGCGAUGACGUCCUGGUCGAACUGGAUGGUGGGUGUCUUCAAACUACGCCACCCCAGUGUCUAUGGAAUCGACGACGUGGGGAAAAUGCUGUUUGGACGCUUUGGUUAUGAGUUACUCGGCGCAGCAUACACCCUGUACUGGAUCUUUGUUGGUGGCUCGGCUCUGUUGAGCAUGUCGAUUUCCCUGAACGCGCUCUCCGACCACGGAGCUUGCACUGCAGUCUUCGUGGCUGUCGCUGCCAUUAUUGGGUUGCUCUUCUCCAGCAUCCAAACACUUGGUCGUAUCAGCUGGCUGGCCUGGGUAGGUGCUGCAUGCAUCAUUACUGCAGUCUUUAUCCUCACGAUCGCUGUUGGAAUCCAAGGCCACGCUCCGGUGACGGACGGUGUGAUCCCAGAAUCAGACUACAAGCUCUUUGGCAAUCCGACGUUCGUCGAGGCCAUGACUGCUCUCUCCACCAUCUCGUUGACUUACGCGGGGACCCCAGCCUUCUUCAACAUCGUCUCGGAGAUGCGUAACCCGCGACACUUUACUCGAGCCCUCACCAUCUGUCAAGUCACUGUCACGGUCAUUUAUAUUGUAGUCGGAACGGUCGUGUACUAUUACUGCGGAUCCCAUGUUGCAUCGCCCGCUCUCGGCUCUGCGGGAAUCCUGAUCAAGAAGAUUAGCUACGGGUUUGCUCUUCCGGGGCUGGCUGUCUCCGCCACUCUGAUGCUUCAUUUACCCGCCAAACACAUCUUUAUCCGCAUCCUUCGAGGCACCAGACACCUGACCGGCCAGACUCGGACGCACUGGAUCGUCUGGCUCGGGUCGACCUUCACCGUAACCUCGGUCGCAUAUAUCGUUGCAAGCAGCAUCCCCGUAUUCAGCGAUCUGGUAUCACUUGUGGGGGCUCUUUUAGCCACAUCCUUAUGCUUCCAACCGAUGGGAUGUAUGUGGUUGUACGAUAAUUGGGGACCGGGCCGGCAGAAGAAGUCACUGAGGUGGUGCUUGAUGGUUGCCUGGUGUAUUUUGAUCAUCCUGACCGGCUUCUUCUUGACGAUUGGGGGCACCUAUAGCUCUAUAGUGAGCAUUAUCUCGUCUUACGAGAAGUCCGGGGGUUCGUCGGCCUGGUCUUGUGCCAACAAUGAUAAAUAA